GCUCCGCGUACUGUGCGUUCCGCUUCUCCAGAUCUCGCUCGUCCCACAAUAUGCUAACCCGCAUAUAAACCUCUUUUCCAAUAUUGUGACUAGAACUGGACUGAAAUAUAUUGAUUCAGUGAAGUGAAUAUAAAAAAAUACAGAAUUCAAUAAACAUUUAUGACAACUAAAUAUUUGUGUAAUAGUUCCUAAACAAUUUUGAAUUAUAAUGAAAGUGUUUUUUUGGGGGUGAGAAACAUUAUUAUUGUACGCUUUUAUAUUUUAGAAUAUCUGUUUAGGGAAAUAUAGUGGUAAGAGAGAUAAUGAACUAUUUUUGAAAGCUAAAUAUCCAAUGGAUGAUAAUAAAUUGUAAGAUAUUCAAGAAAGUUUUUCACUGAUGUAUGUUACCAAUUGAAGUAAAAUUUUUGUUGAUAGUGGUGUUAUAUUUUAACGUGUUGUGAGUGAGUGGCCCUAGUCAUCUGCUUUAAAAAUGAGUGCUGAGGAGAGAAAGGAAUCGUCGGCGACUGCUCUGACCAUCGACAGGGCUGCCUUCCUGCUCCUAAGAGUAAAGAGGGUAUUCAGGAAGAAGAAACAGCUCAGGAAAGAGCAGAAAGCUGCAGAGGCUGCAGCUGCCGCCGCCGCAGCCGCUGCUCCUGGCAUCAGGGCUCCUCCUCCACUGCUGAGGUCUCGGACACUCCCCGCUAUCGUGGUGCCAGGUAUAUCCAUCCUCCAGGCGCAGAUAGAUUCCAGAACUAAAGAAGGACCCCAAAAUGAACUCAGCACCCCUCAACUGCUCACUCCUAGAUUCUCCUUCGCCGACACGAACACACUUGACCCCCGGCGACACUUGGCCCACCACCGCCUCAGUAGUCCGGAACCAACUAGUGACGCCAUGCUACACCUCCCCUCACCCUCGCCACGGCUGUCCACGGGCUCCGCCACCCUUGGCCGUCUCGCGAAGCUCCUCAACCAGCGAGUACAGGCUGAUUCACCACGGAGGCUUUCUUGGGAAACAGAGGCUGAGGAAAGCAUGUUUAUCCCCCGAUCAUCCUCCAUAGACUCCAUGGUCAGCGUAGACUCAAGGAGGUGUAACCCUCUCUCCCGCCGCACACCCUCACCACUGCUCAUACCCAAGCCGUUAGAUCGUCCUCCUCCUCUGUCACCAUCCGUUGCUAGAAGACUGAAAGGACAGCGUGCUGUUACCGCCCUGUUUGCCGCAGUGGAGCACGGUCACGUGGACAAAGCCAGAACUAUCCUUGAGUCAACGGACGUCGACGUCAAUAGCGUGAACAGUGACGGGCUUACACCUCUUGACGUGGCCGUACUCUCUGGCAACCGCUCACUCACCAAGGUGCUCAUCGCCUUCGGUGCUCAUGAGGGAACAAGUAUGUGAGACAAGGUAGUAGACUAAAUUGUGUGUUAUGUUACAGCGUGAAC